CUCUCUCUAUCUCUGUCUCUCUAUCUCUGUCUCUCUCUCUCUCUCACCCUCUCCCAACACCCCCAGCACCGCUACUAACAACAAACAGCCUCCUCUCCUAACUUAGCCUUACUUCCUUAGCUUCUUACAGCAUUUCCUGAGCUUUGAAUGGAUAACCCAGUAACAGUAAGGAGAGAGAAUGGCACAGUGAGUGAGAGAGAGAGAGAGAGAACACAGGAGAAGGCAGGAAACUAAACAUUUUUAACAGUAACUGUGUGGCUAACAGACCCGCGAGGUUUUAGAAAGUAUAAUUUCCUGGAAAUAGUUUUAUACUUCCUUUUUUUUUUUUUUUGAGAAACAUUUGAAAACAAAUUGAGUCAGGAACUAAUCUCUGAGCAACAGCUGGUAAAGUCUUGUAAGCUAACGGCAGACUACUUGCUCCCAGCUGGAAUGUGGGCUCCUUUUGGUCCGCAUACCUUUACAGGCUUCUACCAUCAAAAUACAUACUGUUCAGCCACUCUUUCCCUCAAGGAUGUGAAACCAUCUUUCUUGCCUGACAUUUACGUUUAUUGUUGAGUGGAUUAAUUUGAAUUUUGUUUCAUUUUUCUUCUCGUCUCUUCUCUUCUGUUAAACAUGGACCAGAUGUUUGAUUUUCUGUUUUCAAACACCAGUUUGCUCUUUCAAGAACUAUUUUAAGAUAAAGUUUGUUUAUUUAUUUAUUUAUUUUUUUUUUGGUCGGAAGGAAAAAUAAUCUUUUGGAAAUAUCCUCCAUGAAGAACAAGGCAGCAAAGCAAAAGUCCAAAAGGAAAGGGAGCACCAGUGUAUUUGGAUGUGAUUUAACAGAGCAUUUGGAUAAUUCUGGACAAGAUGUUCCUGUUGUACUCAAGAGCUGUGCAGAGUUCAUCGAAAAACAUGGCAUUGUGGAUGGAAUCUACAGGCUAUCCGGAGUAACAUCAAACAUACAGAAACUAAGGCAGGAAUUUGCCUCUGACCAAUGUCCAGACCUGACAAGGGAAUUAUACCUACAGGAUAUUCACUGUGUCGGCUCUCUCUGCAAGCUCUAUUUCCGAGAGUUGCCAAACCCCCUGCUCACUUACGAACUCUACAAAAAGUUCACGGAGGCUGUAUCAGCUCCAGAUGAGGAAGAACAGCUUAUCAGGAUCCAACCUGUCAUCAGGGAGCUGCCCCCUUCUCACUACAGGACACUUGAAUAUCUGGGAAAUCACUUGAACCACAUAGCAUCCUUCAGUGAUAUGACAAAUAUGCAUAUCAGGAACUUGGCACUUGUGUGGGCACCCAAUUUACUCAGGUCAAAAGAGAUUGAGGUAUCUGCAUGUAAUGGAGAUGCAGCCUUUCUGGAGGUCCGUGUACAGCAGAUGGUGGUAGAGUUUAUCCUUAAUCACAUGGAUCAGCUAUUCAACAACAACACAGAGCCAUCUACUGCAGAAAGUGAGAUUAAGGGCAAUGUGGGAAACCUGGAACAACCUGCAUCUGAGAAUGACGAUUGCAAAGCUCUUAUGAAAAGCAUUUCUCUUGCUGUGAGUGCCCCCCCACCAAUGAAACUAAUGAGUCUGGAGGAAGCUCAAGCUCGUUCGCUUAGCGCUAGCCACCCAGCUCGAAUGGAGAGGCGAGAGAACAGCUUGCCAGAUGCACUGCCAUCGGACUCCAUGCUCUACCACACUGUCAUCGAGCUACCUGAUAGCAAAAGAAAGCUAUCCAGUAAGUCCAAAAAAUGGAAAUCGAUAUUUAACUUGGGAAAAUCAGACUCCAAAUCUAAACUGAGCAGAAAUGGCAGUGUUUUUGUAAGAGGACCAAAACUUUCUGAAAAAGCUAUGAUUCGGCCUGCAAAAAGCAUGGAUUCGCUCUGCUCAUUGCCUGUGGAAGAAGAAGAGAAGAAAAGCUCUCAUUUUAAGAACUCAGCAUCAACAGGGGGGUUCUUUAUCCCCUCACUGAAAUCUAAUACCAUUGGCAUGGGUGGCUCUUGUGAGUUUCGUAAAGCAGAAGCCAGGUGGAUUCAGGAAGAAGUUCAGGGAGCUGCAGGAGGAAAUGAUCCAAUCAAGGAGAAGGCAAUCAUGAAGACACCACAGCCAAAGCCUUUACCUGAGCAACUUAAAGUCUUCAGAGGGGAGGACCUCAAGUGUGAACCAACAUCACCAAAAACAAGGAGAAUGUUUUACCCAUCAAGUGAUGGCUGCACAAAAGCCAAUUUCCCUGGCAGCUUGUUUCCACUUGAGGCAUCUCCAAGGCAUCAGCGGAAAGCCCUCAACAUCUCAGAGCCAUUUGCUGUAUCGGUGCCUCUACGGGUAUCAGCUGUUAUCAACAGUAACAGCACUCCUUGUCGGAAUCCAUCUAAAGAAAAGUCGUCUGUAAGUAGUCAGGAGGAAGCUACGUCCCGAGAUGAUCUGGAGUGUGGUGCUUCUACUUGCAGUUCUGAAGAUCAGCAAGACAGUAAAACUACAACAAGCAACUCCUCUGUCUUUACUACUGACAAAUCCAAUGAAGAUAGUUCUUCAUCACCUGAAUGGGAAUUAACACUGGAAUCCAGUGAAGGUGGAACAGCAUCAAAGCACAACGUUCAUAAUGAAACUUACAAAGACAUUGACCUUGAAGCAAUACAGCUGACCAUUUUGUCUUCAGCAGAGGACAGUAGUAUUGCACCAAUAGAGUUGCAUCUUCCAGGAAAAGUAGAGGAUAAUACAGACAUAUGCAAGACACAGAUGGACAUCAUAGAAGAAACCGUCCAGGAUGCCACUGAACAGGGUAACGAAGUCACUAGUAGCAUCAGAGUGGAGACUUUGUGGCCAGAAAUCCAACAAGAGCUGAAAAUUGUUGAACCAGAAGAGGAAGUGUUGAAAGACAAGGCCAUACAGGACAUAAGCUCUGAAACAGAAUCUAGCAAAAGUUAUAAACAGCUGCAAGCAAAUGCUUUAACAAGCCAAGAUCUUUCCACCAGUUUUCCAACUCAGUCUGAAUCAGCCAUCUGUGUGUCAAAAGACAUGACCAUCAAUAAGGGCAAGCAGGACACAGUUUCUGAAAAUACUGCCAGCAUUUCUGCAGAUAUUAAAGAUCUGGAUUCAGACGUGCCAUCAUUAUGUAGUGAUGUAAUUUGCAAUAGUAAUCUGAAAAAUGUUCCAGUUGUAGCACUUUCUGAAAGGAAUACCACUACAACUGACUCUGAGGAUGCUACUUCUUCUGCCCUGCAUGAUGGAAAACAACAGGUUUCUGAUAACAGUGCAGUGGCUAUACCUUCAAGUGUUGACAUGCAAUCUUCUUUUCCAGAGCAACCUGAGAAUAAUUUACAACAGACAAUUAAUACUGAUAGAGUUGUUUUACAUCACAAAGGUCAGCAGGAGCAUUCAGAAAACAUGAGGUCUGGCCCACAGUCCCCAACCACAAAAGAUUCUGCAAAAUUACAUCUAAGAUCAGAAAGCACAGAUGGAGCUUUAGAUCAUAUUCAAAACAGUCCAUCUCGAAGAUCCCAGGAGUCCUUUGAUAAUGAAGAAGAAGAAUCUUUAACAGAUGGAACACCUGGUUUAGAUCUUGUGGAACCAUGGGAGAAUUCCCCCCUGUGGGUUACAAGCCCACUCCAUUCCCCAAGUGAUGAGAAUAUUGUAAAGGCAGAAGACUGCAAACUCCCAGUUACAGAGCCAGAGCCACAUAUAGAAUCUCAGCCCACUUCAAGGCAGUCAGGGGACAUCCAAGAACAGCAGCGGCCACAGUCUGCAUUUCCUGGAAGAUUUCAUUCCCAUGGUAUCUGUAACUCAGAAGUGGAAGAUCUGCAGGGGAAGGUUCAUAAUCUAAAUUCUGUUUCAGAUGAUGAUGACUUACUGAGGAAAUGGAUGAUACCACCUAGAGAUCAGUCAAAUGAGGUGUCUAACUUGCUGCACUCAUGGUCAACAGAACACAUCUCAAAAGAAUCAUCUAAUGUUCUUGAGAAUCCGUUAGAUCUUUUUGAGUCUUUCUUAAGUGCAAGUUCUAGGUCUCCUCUGGAACUAAAGAAAAUAGACCAUUGCAGGAAAGCCCAAUCACAUUCAAGAACAAAGUCAUCAUCAUUCACUGUUGAACCAUUUCAUGAUUUCUAUAAAACAACAAAAUUAUACAUGCCAGCACAAACUCCAAUUAACAAAAGUGCUUCAUGUGGACAGUUUCUGACUCACCAGUCAGAUAUGCCUGAAAGGCAAGAAGAAACAUCUUGUAAGUCAAAACCAAGGCCUUCAUCUUUGCAUUUAGAUUUUGUAAGUGCAUCAGGAAUUUGCACUAACUUUGAGAAUAAAAUCAAAUUAUGUACAUCUGGAAACAUUUCAAGUGGGCAAAAACAACACGGAUUUCCCAAUUCUAAAUUUUUGUCAUCCAUACCACCUCGAGAAGUUGAAGAAUACCAGAUAGGUCAGGCAAAUCCCAGCUAUAUUGAGAAUGAUUUUGGACUAGAAUUCAUUACUACUCCUCGAUCGGCUACAGGUCGCAGGAACUCAGCACCAGUCAGUGUACCAGCAAUAAGGACUGCCUUCAUGAUAAAAACUUGUCAAGCAAAAGCUGUCCCUGUGAUUCCACCAAAACUCCAGUACACCCAAGUUCCUCAACCACUACAAGUCAAGAACUCAGAUCCUCAGGUUUCAUUACAUGAGAAGGAAAACAUGUUAACAAAAGCAGAUAAGACCUCAGAUACCAAAAACCCACCACAUUUAGGCAAGAAUCAGUCAGAGCAGCUUCAGUUACUAGGGCUGGGUACAGAUGCAAAGGAAGAAAAAGAAAACAAUGAACCACCUUCAGUCAAUUCAAGGAACUCAAGAUAUCUAGGCUUAAGUGCAUCUGCUGAUGUGUCUCAUUCCAAGACUGUGUCACCUCAAGAUCUUCCAGUAAUGAGAAGAAAACGUACAUGUAAUGGGGAGGCAGCUACAGACAACCCACUGUCUUCUAAAAUAGAGAGAUCAUCUGGAAUUUCAAGAUCUUCUUUCAGAUCAAGAUCAGGUAGGCCCCAAAGCCUCAUAUUAUUUAGCCCACCAUUUCCUAUCAUGGACCACCCUUCUACUGUUGACUCCAACAAAGUUUUGCUUUCUCCAAUAAGAAGCCCAAAUGAAACAUCAUCCCUGGAGCACAUUGCUGGUGGUUCAUCUGAAAACCUAAGGACUCCUGAUGGUGUCAUCACCAGGAAUAAAAUGACCAUGCCCAAAAGUGGUCAGAGACUAGAGACUUCAACAAGCUGCUUUUACCAGCCUCAGAGAAGGUCAAUGGUAUUUGAUAGUCACAGUGGAAGACCAAUAGAGUGAUGCUAAACCAUCAGCUGUAAUCCUGUGAUUAAUGCAACUAUUAUAUUAAUGAUAUACAGAACCUAUGUACUAGAUGAAGAAAAGACUUUCCAGUGUUUUACUCUUUUUUUAUUAAAUAAUGGUUAUUGUUUAUCUCAUA